AUGCCGUUCUCGGGUCCGGCUUGCGACUUCGGACGAAUCCGUGGCGGUCCAAGCCUCGCCCGAAUACCGGUGUCAACACCAGAGCCGUCGGGCCCUACAAAUACACGAACUGGCACUGUGCAUAACCUUGCCGUUUGUGGAGCGCAUAAACCAGAUCACCCCGCAGAUGCCUUCGUAUUCUCCGAUUUUAUUGGGAUAGCGAUGACCCUACAAUAUCUCCACAGUGAUGUUCAGGGCUCCGUUUUUUCUUGCUUCCAACUGGAGGAACAUUUUGAGCUUCUCAGAUCAACCCUCCGAUCACCGAUAUUAAAUGGGGAAAGUUCGAACGGAAUAGGUGGCCUUUGUACACUUAAGCCCAAGUCCUCAUUGCGCCAAGGGAUCUGGCUCCAGCAGUAUCGCCUGAAUAUCACUACGCAGCAUCAAGUUCUGUCAGCAAUUCUUGCCCGAGUCCGAUUGCUAGGAGUUCGGCAGACACCGUCAACCCCAACCACGUUUAGUGAGCACGACCCACAUACGGCUCAAGCAAUGCAACCCGGGUUACAAAUACCAGCAUCUACCCUCACAUCCUUUGUGUCCAGAGGACAAGGCUGCACUCACACGAAGGGUGUGCCUGGGCUGGGCCAGGAGGAGCUUCAAGCACUGCAUUCUACUGGGAUAUCGAGGAUGACCUGGUGUUCGGUCAGACUUCAAUUCGAAGGGACAAGCCAGUAUAUUGAGAUUGAAAACUGCCCAGAUCGUUACUCCGACGCGGUGCUGUGGCUAGUGGUCGUGAUUGCUGGGGGUGUCAUAACCGUCCCGCGAUAUAUGACACCAUCCACUUCACGAACAUUCUAUCAUAGCACUUUAUCGAUGAAACCCGGCGACGUUAGUGUCAAACGUGAGAAGGACAUCAUGGCCGGCUGGAGCAAGCGGAAAUUCUUUGGGACGUGA